AUGGCUCCCAAAUCUGGUUCGUCUAGUUCAAAAAAAAAGUCAUCCGCCGGCUCUAGUACUGCUGACCCAAAAAUAGUAAAAUUUAAACUUCCGACUGAAUUCAUUACUAGACCGCACCCCUCAAGAGAACAUGGAAAGGAAACGUGCACUGCGUAUGUUCACCCGAACGUACUAUCCGCACUAGAGAUAACACCAGGAUCUUUUUGCACCGUCUGUAAAGUUGGUGAAAAUGGAAUCUUGGUAACAGCUAAAGCAGGUGAUGAAGGAACACAUCCUGUCAAUGUCAUCACUCUUUCCAAUUCCAUACGAUCAGUUGGAAAUAUAAUUCUCGGUGACCGUCUAGAGAUAAAAAAGGCUCAAGUGCAACCACCUUAUGCCACGAAAGUUGCGAUAGGGUCUCUACAAGGGUGUGAUAUUUUGAAAUGCAUCGAGGAGAAAGUAAUUCAAAAAUUAUUCGAUGAUUGCGGAAUUAUAAUGCCUGGAAUGAUCUUUCACAACGUAAAGACACAAACAGAUGAUGAAAGUAUUGAUAUUAUUAUCGUAGAUGCAAGCGACGAUUCACUCCCCGACGUCCACCAAAUAGAUCUUAACUCAGACGUAGUAUAUGGUAUGCUGGAGGACCAAAUUUAUCUUUCCCCACCUGUUAUAUUUCGAAAAGGUUCGACGCAUAUCACUUUUACAAAAGAAAUGCAAGCAAAUCGGAAAUAUAAUCUUCCUGAGCCGAUAUCUUACACAGCAGUAGGUGGUCUACACAAGGAAAUUGAAUCACUGAAAAGUGCUAUAGACAUACCUCUUCAUCAACCAACAUUGUUUAGUAGUUUUGGUGUUUCUCCACCUCGAGGCAUACUACUCCAUGGCCCUCCAGGUACUGGUAAAACGAUGUUGCUAAGGGUAGUUGCUAAUACUUCUAAUGCACACGUCUUGACUAUUAAUGGCCCUUCGAUUGUCUCCAAAUAUCUUGGAGAGACCGAAGCCGCAUUAAGAGACAUCUUUAAUGAAGCUAGAAAAUAUCAACCUUCGAUUAUUUUCAUUGACGAAAUCGAUUCCAUAGCUCCAAAUAGAGCAAAUGAUGACUCUGGUGAAGUUGAAAGUAGAGUUGUGGCUACACUGUUAACGCUCAUGGAUGGAAUGGGCGCUGCGGGCAGAUUGGUAGUAAUUGCUGCCACAAAUAGACCCAACUCCGUUGACCCAGCUUUGAGAAGGCCUGGUAGGUUUGAUCAAGAAGUUGAAAUUGGUAUACCAGAUGUCGAAGCUAGAUUUGACAUUUUGACUAAGCAGUUUUCAAGGAUGUCUCCAGAUCGUCAUUCCUUGGAUUCAGAAGGGAUAAAGCUCAUUGCCUCUAAAACGCAUGGUUAUGUUGGUGCUGAUUUAACCGCUCUGUGUAGGGAGUCCGUUAUGAAAACGAUUCAACGGGGCUUGGGAACGGAUGCCAAUGUUGAUAAGUUUUCUUUAAAGGUUACACUAAAGGAUGUAGAAUGUGCAAUGAUAGACAUUAGACCUAGUGCGAUGAGAGAAAUAUUUUUGGAAAUGCCGAAAGUCUACUGGUCUGACAUUGGUGGCCAAGAAGAGCUGAAAACAAAAAUGAAAGAAAUGAUACAAUUGCCUUUAGAAGCAUCUGAAACUUUUAACAGGUUAGGAAUUACUGCGCCAAAGGGUGUCUUACUUUAUGGGCCACCGGGAUGUUCCAAGACUUUGACUGCAAAGGCUCUAGCUACAGAAUCCGGUAUCAACUUCUUAGCUGUGAAAGGUCCUGAAGUCUUCAACAAGUAUGUAGGUGAAUCUGAAAGAGCUAUAAGAGAGAUAUUUCGCAAAGCACGCUCUGCAGCACCUAGUAUUAUUUUUUUUGAUGAAAUUGAUGCCUUGUCUCCUGAUAGAGAUGGAGGGUCUACAUCUGCGGCUAGUCACGUCUUGACGUCUUUACUUAAUGAAAUUGACGGUGUUGAAGAGUUAAAGGGUGUUGUCAUUGUUGCGGCAACAAAUAGGCCUGAUGAGAUAGAUUCUGCUCUUUUAAGACCUGGCAGACUAGAUAGACACAUUUAUGUUGGCCCACCGGACGUAAAUGCUCGUUUAGAGAUCCUGAAGAAGUGCACGAAGAAAUUUAAUAUCGAAGAAUCCGGAAUUGAUCUGCAAGAGCUGGCAUGUCGCACAGAGGGAUAUUCGGGGGCCGAAGUCGUAUUGCUCUGCCAAGAAUCUGGACUGUCUGCUAUCAUGGAAGAUUUGGAUGUCACAAAGGUGGAAUUACGCCAUUUUGAAAAAGCAUUUAAAGGAAUUUCAAGAGGAAUCACUCCAGAAAUGCUUUCAUAUUAUGAAGGAUUUGCUCUCAGAAGUGGUUCAUCCUCUUAA